AUGGCGAAGCUCAACGCCACCGUCGCUGCUGUGCUCGUGCUGCUCGCCUUCCUCGCCGGGCAGUCGGUUGCCGGGCGCUACUACUACGACAAAGUCCAGGACAAGGUGAGGAAGGAAGUGGAGAAGGCCAUGGCAAACAAUCCCAGCAUUGGCCCCGCCCUUGUUCGCUUGGUCUUCCAUGACUGCUGGGUCAAUGACCGCCUAGGGGGGCCCGACUCCACGCCCGUCGACUCCGACUACCAGGCGGCGCUUAACAAGACAACGCCUCUGACGUUGCUCAAGAGUGGGCAGAACCCGACGGUGCCGAACAACGCUCGCGACGGGAGCGACGCUUUCCAGAAGGACGCUGCCUACGACCCCGUGGCAAUGGGGGUGAACCCGAAGAGGGGCGAGCUUGCGUACCAGUACACGAAGAAAGGUGCCUGCCUUUCGCUGGUGGCCCGGAGGAAGCAAGCGCUGGAGGGCGUGGCGGCGGACGUCUCGGACGUUCUUGUCAUUCUGGCUGACAUCUCGGACGCGGAGCAAUCGAGGCGCGCCGUCGAGGCCAUCGUCGCUCACUUCGGCAAACGUAUGAGACCAUCUCUUGAACCAUCUAGUUGCCAAUGCCGGGUCUGGUCCAGCUGCUUCUUCGACGAAAUCACCAACAUAACCGGGUUCAACAAAAUGAUGGAUGUGAAUUUCUGGGGCUCUGUCUACCCAACCUACUACGCCAUACCACACCUGAAGGCCAGCAAAGGAAAACUCAUCAUGUCUUCCUCCACAGCCGCGACGGCGCCUACAUCUAGGAUGAGCUUGUACAACGCUACCAAGGCAGCACAGCUCAGGUUCUACGAGACACUGAGAUCCGAGCUUGGCUCGGAGGUUGCGGUGACUAUACUGACGGCCGGAUUUCGGGAGUCUGAGAUGACCAAAGGCAAGGCCAUCCAGAAAGACGGCGACGUCGCCAUUGACCUGGAGGCCAGAGAUGUGCAGAUUGGGGUGUUCCCAGUGGUUCGUGUCGAGAAGCUGUUCGAGGUAGCCUUGGACGGCAUCCAGAGAGGCGACUGGUACGUGACAUGGCCGUCGAUGUACCUGCCGAUGCCGCUCAUCGCCUGCAUCGCCCCCGAGGUCCUCAACUGGCUGUCCUACGCGCUGUACAACGCCAAACAGGGGAGCCUGCCGCUGAGCCAGAGAAUGCUGGACGCCACCGGAGCCAAGCGCUUCUACCCACCGUCGCUUCGGCAUCACCCGGGUAUCAAGACGGAGGGGACUCAUCACAAACAAGAUAUCGAUGCAGCGUCAAAUGUGUAG